AUGCAGAGAAUCAGUCAGAGCAUUUAUGUACUCAAGAACGAUGGGUUUGGAGAUGAGAAAUUUUUCAACUGCAUCGUUGCUGAAAGUCUAGAUAAUGAAGAGCAAUCAACGCUGGUUGGUUACUGCUUGUAUUUCUAUGGCUACUCAACAUUUGAGGGAAAGCACUUAUACAUGGAGGACAUAUAUGUACAUCCAGGCCAUAGGGGAAAGGGCUGUGGAAGUCGCAUGUUACAGCAGCUUGCACAGGUUGCGGUGACUACCAACUGCUGUAAGAUCCAGUUUGUGGUGCUAAACUGGAAUGAUCAAGCUCUGAAAUUCUACGAGAAGAUUGGAGCUGUUGACUUGACAGCUGCGGAGGGCUGGCACCUAUGUAGAAUAUCGAGAGCAAACUCCGAAAAGCUAGCAGCAAGAAUUCCUUUGCAUCGAGGAUGCUAAAGAUUAAUGACUCUAGAUUUCUGUAGAUGUGCUAUAGAUAAAAUAUUCCUUCAAACAAAUGCUUUAUUAUACAAAGUAUUUAUUAGUACAUGUAUUAUGUCAGUAAAACGUUGAAGAUUUUUUCCAACAAUUGACAUAAAACUGCUCAUGAUAUUCACAACAGAUGUAAUAAAUAUUCUGCAUGAUGUCACGUAAUAUCAACUUACUCGAUAAAGCUAAAUUGUCUCAAUGUACAAGAAAACAUUUCAAAAUUGUACUCAGUAAUAAACCAUCAUGUCCUACGUAGUUCAUAA